UCCGCGGCCGUUUCAAAACAACAGUUGGGCGCCACCGCAGCGGCGGCCUCGCCUCCUGCCCAGCCCCUCGCCUGACGCGGCGUGGCGUCCCCCGGGAGCUGCGCGAGGCGAGCGGUCGCGCCGGCUCCGUGCUCAGCCCGGACUGAGGCUCCGAGGCGGGCCCGGGCGCGCCGCGUGGUGGGAGCCCCUGCCGCGGAGAGAGUCGGCGGCGAGGCGCCGGCCCCAGCAUGUCGCUGCCUCCGGAGAAAGCCUCUGAGCUGAAGCAGCUCAUCCACCAGCAGCUGAGCAAGAUGGACGUGCAUGGCAGAAUAAGAGAAAUCCUUGCUGAGACUAUACGGGAAGAACUGGCUCCUGAUCAGCAACAGUUAUCAACAGAAGACUUGAUCAAAGCUCUUAGACGACGGGGAAUCAUUGACGAUGUGAUGAAAGAACUUAAUUUUGUUACUGAUAAUGUUGAUCAAGAACUCCCUCCCUCUCCAAAACAACCAGUUUGUUUUACUGAUAGACAAUCAACAUUGUUAAAAAAAACUAAUAUUGAUCCAACACGGAGGUAUCUUUACCUUCAGGUUUUGGGUGGAAAAGCUUUCUUGGAACAUCUGCAAGAACCUGAGCCUUUACCAGGACAAGUUUGUUCAACCUUUACAUUAUGUUUGCAUUUUCGAAACCAACGUUUUCGUUCUAAACCUGUUCCAUGUGCCUGUGAACCGGAUUUUCAUGAUGGCUUUUUACUUGAAGUACACAGAGAAAACUUAGGUGAUGGAACUAGAAUGGCUGAUUCAACAACGAUGUUAUCAAUAAGUGAUCCAAUUCAUAUGGUGCUAAUCAAAACAGAUAUAUUUGGUGAGACCACUUUAGUAGCAUCCUAUUUUCUUGAAUGGCGAUCAGUUUUGGGCUCAGAAAAUGGAGCGACCAAUCUUACUGUGGAACUUAUGGGUGUAGGCACAGAAUCAAAAGUUUCUGUGGGAAUUUUAAAUAUAAAACUUGAGAUGUACCCAUCACUCAGUCAAACAUUAUCUCAAGAAGUAGUGAACACGCAGCUUGCUUUGGAACGUCAGAAAACUGCAGAGAAAGAGCGAUUAUUUCUUGUAUAUGCUAAGCAAUGGUGGAGAGAAUAUUUGCAAAUUCGACCCUCACACAACUCACGGCUGGUUAAGAUUUUUGCUCAGGAUGAAAAUGGGAUAAAUAGACCAGUCUGUUCCUAUGUUAAACCACUUCGAGCUGGGCGGCUUCUGGAUACCCCAAGGCAAGCAGCAAGAUUUGUUAAUGUCCUUGGUUAUGAAAGAGCCCCUGUUAUUGGAGGAGGAGGUAAACAGGAACAGUGGUGCACUCUGCUGGCCUUUCUCUGUAGAAACAAGGGUGACUGUGAAGAUCAUGCUAACCUUCUGUGCAGCCUUCUUCUUGGAUAUGGGUUAGAAGCAUUUGUCUGUGUUGGGACUAAGGCAAAAGGAGUACCUCAUGCUUGGGUUAUGACUUGUGGAACCGAUGGAACCAUCACUUUUUGGGAGAGUUUAACAGGACACAGGUACAUCCAUAAAUCUAGUAAUCCUGAUGAACCUCCAGUUGCUGAACAGCCCAAACCAUUGUACCCAUAUCGAACAAUUGGUUGUGUUUUCAAUCAUCAGAUGUUUCUGGGAAAUUGUCAGCCCUCUGACUCAGUAGAAAUCUGUGUAUUUGAUUUGAAUGAUGAAUCUAAAUGGAAACCCAUGAGUGAAGAAGCAAUCAAAUCUGUGUGUGCUCCAGGAGCUACAACAUCCCUUCCUCCCUUUCCACCUCUUUGUGCAUCCACGAUUGAUGCUUCAGUAACAAGUAAUGAAAUAGAAAUGCAGCUAAGGUUACUAGUGUCAGAACACAGGAAGGAUCUUGGCCUCACUACUGUUUGGGAAGACCAGCUUUCUUAUCUCCUAUCACCAGCUUUGGCUUCUUAUGAAUUUGAGCGAACAACAAGUAUAUCUGCAGGCAAUGAAGAAUUUCAAGAUGCCAUAAGGAGGGCUGUACCUGAUGGUCACACAUUUAAAGGGUUCCCAAUACAUUUUGUGUAUAGAAAUGCAAGGCGUGCAUUUGCCACAUGUCUUCGGUCUCCUUUCUGUGAAGAAAUAAUCUGUUGUCGUGGAGACCAGGUGCGACUGGCAGUUCGUGUCCGAGUGUUUACUUACCCUGAAUCUGCAUGUGCUGUUUGGAUCAUGUUUGCUUAGAGGAAGGAAGAGGGAGAGAGAGCUAGAAACAUCAAUGAUGGGAGAGAAUCAUUGACCGGCUGCCUCCUGCACGCCCCCUACUGGGGAUCGAGACCACAACCCAGGCAUGUGCCCUUGGCCGGAAUUGAACCUGGGACCUUUCAGUCCGCAGGCCAACACUCUAUCCACUGAGCCAAACUGACUACGGCAGCUAAUUGAUGGUUCUUUCUCAUUGAUGUUUCUCUCUCUCUUCCUCUCUAAGAUCAAUAGAAAUUGCUGUCUUCACUUUCUUGAUUGUGCUCUGUGAAGCACUGGUUUUUAAUUUUGAUCAAAUCUAGUGUAUUUUUUUCAUUUGUUGCUCCUGGUUUUGUUGUCAUAUCUAUAAGAAUUAAUUGCCCAAUCCAA